UUGUUCUUAAAUCCACAGUGCUGAAGUUGAGAAAGUCAUGGAAAUUCCAAAAAUAUACAACGAAGGCAACAAAAUACAAAAGCGUAUAGUAUCAUCUGUGAUUGAAGAGUAUACCGAAAAUUUAAUGAAUGUACGUGGAAAGUGUAUGGACAUUGGUUGCGGUCCUGGAGAUAUAACAAAAGAUAUUUUGUUGCCGUCUCUUGGGUCAAGUGCACAAAUAAUUGGCGUGGAUAUUUCGGAGCACAUGGUCAAAUAUGCGAAUGAAAAGUAUAAUAAUGAAAAACGGCUCCAAUUCGAGGUACUGAAUGCUGAAACGAAAAGUUUACCUGAAAAAUAUAUUUCUGAAUUUGAUCAUAUAUUUUCGUUUCACACCUUGCAAUGGUGCAGUGACAUUCGACAAGUUCUUAAAAACAUUUAUCAAAUGCUACAACCCAAUGGAUUCACACUUUUGUAUAUAAUAGCAGCUGCGAAUUAUUUUGAAAUUAUUCAGAGAUUGGUACGAGACAUCCGGUUUGCACAAUAUGUACCGGAGGAGAUAAAACACAUUUUACCGUAUCAAGAAUUUAAUUGUACCCGUAAAGGAUUCAAAGAAUUACUUCAAAGUGAAGGAUUUUCUGUUCACCAUUGCAGUCUUCGGGAUAAAAUAUAUUUCGAAGAAAUAUCGGGACCGUUCCUAGGCACGCUGUUAUCCAUCACGCACUUUCUCCAAAAUAUGCCGCAAGAUCUGGCGGAACAAUUCAAGCAUGCACUUAAAGAUGAAUAUAUGAAAGAAACUAAAACGGUAUAUCAUAAUGAGGAACUUAUAGCACAUGCACGUAAAGGGUUACUGAUUUAUGCACAAAAGAUAUAGUAUAUAAUUAAUAUGAAAUUGCUUAAACAUGUAUGCAAUCGUAGAUUGAGAAAUUUAGAAAAUAAUAGAAUUCUUGUAACACCGUAUUAACACUUAUAAUUAAUAAAUACUUAUUAAUUAGUUAAUGAUUAAUAAUUUAUUAUUCAUCAUCAUAUUAGGCAUUAACCGAAGUGUAAUGUAAUGUAUGUAUCCCUUGCGGGGUACAUGUAAAAAUAUCAACAUUUUUGUAAUCCUCUAUACGUUAAUUUUAAACUUGUGUGUGACAUGUAUGAUAUUUAAAAGGUACGCUAUUAUCCAUCACGCACUUUCUCCAAGAUAUGCCGCAAGAUCUAGUGGAUCAAUUCAAGGAUGCAGUUAAAUAUGAAUAUAUGAAAAAAA